GGAGAGCCCACCAUGGCUCCUCCGGCUGGUUUCGACACAGAACAGAUCAAAGACAAAGCUCGAAAGGAUCUCCUCUACCUCCUGUCGAUAGUCCAGGGCAAGAAGAACCUCGUUAUUGAGCAGAGCCUCGCCGGCCCGAUCGGAACCGUGGUCAAGGUCUCGACCCUCCAGGACUACGGUGUCGAUAAGUUCUUCUUCCUGGAGAGCAAUAAUGUGGGAACUACUCAGCGCAAUGUUGUUUUCAUUGCUCGUGGGGAGUGCGCCCGGCAUGCCCAGGCCAUCGCAGACCAGAUAAGGCGCCUGCAACGCGAAAGCCAGACCGGCCAUGAAUUCCACAUCUUUUGGGUGCCACGCCGUGCGGUUGUGUCCGACAAGAUUCUGGAGGAGGCAGGUGUGCUCGGUGACGCGAACAUAUCGGAACUCCCACUCUACUUCUUUCCCCUAGAGCGCGAUGUCCUCUCCCUGGAACUCGACGAUGCCUUCCAGGACCUGUACCUGUCAAGAGACCCGACGCCUACUUUCUUACUCGCCCAGGCGCUCAUGGGCAUCCAACAGAAGCAUGGCCUGUUUCCUCGCAUCACCGGGAAGGGUGAUAACGCCAAGAGGUUGGCUGAGCUGCUCUCCCGCAUGCGCCAGGAGCUUCUCGCGGGUGAGAUCUCCAGCGAAUCUGGCAAGACGGGUCUCACUCCAAGCACAACGACAGAGAGCGUCAUUAUCAUUGACCGCGAGGUUGACAUGGUCACGCCCCUCCUCACACAGCUGACGUACGAGGGCCUGAUAGACGAGGUCUGGGGGAUCCAGAAUAACCAAACCGAAGUUGACUCGACCAUUGUAGGGGCCCCAGCGCAGCCGGCCCAGACCGCAUCGGCAGCACCAGCCUCCAGCAACCAGUCGCGAAAGCGCAAGGUCCUACUUGAUUCGUCAGACAAGAUGUUCGACCAGCUCCGGAACACAAAUUUUGCCAUCGUCGGAAACCUGCUCAACAAGGCGGCCCGUCGCCUGCAGACUGACCUGGACAGCCGGCAUGCAAAGUCGACGGCAGAACUCCGUGACUUUGUGCAGAAGCUGCCAGGCUACCAGGCCGAGCAACAAUCCUUGAACAUCCACACAAACCUGGUAGAAGAGAUCAGGGAGUACACCCGGACCGAGCAGUUCAGCAAGCUCCUUGAGGUCCAGCAGAAUCUUGCCGCCGGAGCUGAUCCCUCGUCUCAGCUCGACUCGAUCGAGGAGCUGAUAGCUCGAGACACGCCCCUGCCCGAGGUGCUGCGGCUCUUAUGCAUCUACUCCUGCAUAUCCGGCGGUAUCAAGACUAAAGAAUAUGACCAGUUCCGACGGCUCAUUCUACAGGGAUACGGUUACCAGCACCUUUUGACUCUACACAAUCUGGAAAAACUACAACUGUUCCUGCCUAGAUCAUCGCCAAUGGCAUCGAUGAUUUCCAUGGGUGGCUCAUCCGGCUCAGCUGGCAACAAGACCAACUAUGCCACCUUACGGAAGCAAUUGCGACUCAUUGUGGACGAGGUCAACGAGCACGACCCCAAUGAUGUGGCUUACGUCUACAGCGGAUAUGCGCCACUGUCGAUACGGCUCGUGCAAUGCAUACUGCAGAAGCAAUACCUUCUCUCCAUGAUCAAAGGGGGUAGUGCAGCAGGGGUUGCUGGGACGAAUACCGGGAGUCAAGGCUGGAGAGGGUUUGAUGAGGCAGUGAAGAACGCCCGUGGGCAAGCUUUUGAUGAGCUGCAGAAGGGAGAAGAUAAGGCGGUUAAGGCCCGCACCCUCCUUUCCGGGAAUGGCCAGAAGAAGACGGUAUUUGUUGUCUUUGUGGGCGGCGUGACUUUUACUGAGAUCGCAGCCUUGCGGUUCAUCGCUAGACAGGAAGAAGCGCGGAGGAAUAUCGUUAUUUGCACGACGUCGAUUAUAAGCGGCAAUAAGAUGAUGGCAACGGCGAUCGAGAAGGGCUCUGUCUCCAAAAGUAAUGGCAGAGGACACAGCUGUAGAGGGGCCAUCAUUAUCUAUACAUCCAAGACUCGCCGAACCAGAUCCUGGGUCCCAGUAAAAGAGGCUGAGGAUGUCCAGACACGAUUAGAAGCACCAAAGGUGGCAUCUGCUACUGCUGCUGCUGAGGCAGAAGAAGCACAAAUUUCAUGCUCGGCGUCCGAGCAAAGUGAACCGAUGGACCUGGAUCCGGAGGCAUCACCUCCGGGCAGUAUCGAGGCUCCGAGAUCAACUGAUGUAGUCUCAAGCGAUCGCAGUCCCGAAGCACUCGAAGCGCCGCUUCACGAGACCCUGGCAAAAGAUGCGCAGCCCCAAAAAGCAGACCUCACAUCCACAAAGCCCACCGAAUCCGAACUGGCUACCUUGGAGCCGGAGAUUGUUAAGUCUGAACCGGUAGAUGGGACUUUUCAAGCAGUUCCAGAGUCGACUUCAGGAUCCGCAGAGGUUAGAGUGAAUGGACACCAGAGUGGUUACAGCUCAGUUCCAUCAUCCAACACUGCGAACGUAAAUCGAGUCCCGGACGGGGCGACUGAUCAGCCUUCAGAGUCCGAGCUCAGCGAAAUUAGUACAGCAGGCGACCCAAAUUCUACGGAGGCGUCGCGUCUUGAUCCAACGCCAGCAAAGUCAGCUCUGAGCCAUCUGAUUGGGCAAUUUCGACAUUCAUUCGCAUCAUCGGCAUCGGCUCUCACUGAGCGAUCAGGUCUAUCAUCGAAACCAUCCUCAGUCUCUAGCAAAGCGACGACUCCACUUGAUACAGAUAGCCCGAGAGAAGCUACAGGUCAAUUUGGCCCGGCUCAAACCUUUCCAACGCAAUCAGCACCAAGAAUACAAUUCAAUGUGCAACCGAAGGUAUCCGUACCGGCAGACCUGACGCCACAAGAGUAUGCAAUGGAGUGUAUUGAGGCGGCCGAGAACUCCAGAUUGAAUCCGUACGCGCUGCACCAGGAUGAGUAUCAUAUGCUUCGGUCCCACAUCAGCCACGCGCAGGUCACAACAUAUCUGAACAUUCGAAACGGCAUCCUAAGGCUCUGGGUGAGGAAUCCACAAAUUGCGGUCACGCGGGAAGAGGCGAUUGGCUGCGCCAAAGACAUACGUUGGUUCGACGUUGCCAAUGUGUGCUUCGAUUGGCUGGUACGUCGAGGUUUCAUCAACUACGGUUGUGUUGAGCAAUUGGAGGGGUUGUUUCUGCAGUACUCUAAGCGCUUUCGCGACAUGGGCGAGGAGCCCCCUCGAGUGAUCGUCCUCGAGGGAAGAAAUCGAGUCGGUGGACGAGUCUAUUCACGCGCCUUUCAAUCGUUGCCAGAUACGGCGCCAGGGGUGAUGCGAGGAAAACGUUUUACAGCGGAGAUGGGCGGCAUGAUCAUCACCGGUUUCGAUAGGGGCAACCCACUGAACAUUCUUGUGCGAGGACAGCUGGGCCUGCCAUACCACUGCCUGCGAAGCGAUAUGUCCCUGUACGACGCCAACGGCACAGCCGUCGACCCUGGUCGAGACCAGUUGGUGGAGCAGCUAUUCAACGCAUGCCUGGACCGUGUGAGCGAGUACAAGUUCAAGCCGCCACCUUCGAAGCUCAUCGAAGGGAAUCGCGACCUCAUGGACGAGGGUCGAGAUAGUACUGCAGAAGGCCACAAGACAAUCGCCUUGGUAGAAGAGAUGACUGCUGCACAGCCUCAUGCCCCAUCAGUCUCCGAGCAGAAUGUCGCACCACAAGUCAACCUCGUGCCUGUGUCAACGGAUCGCAUGACCGGUAAGGUGCAUGUUGAGCCAGGAACGCCUGGCUCGACUAAGGCUGCCUUCAAAGUCAAAUCUCUAGGUUGGCCUCUGAAAGCAGGGGUUAGCGAGUCCAGGGACAUUGAACUGGAUGCCACAGCCAGCAAUGCCAAAGCCACAUUGGGCUCCGUUGUUGACGAGGCUUUGAUGCAACAUAAAAAUAUUCUUGAUCUGAAUGCCCAAGAUUUUAGACUUCUGAAUUGGCACAUAGCCAACUUGGAGUACAGCAAUGCAACCAAUCUCAACAGGCUCAGCAUCAAAGGAUGGGACAUUGAUGCUGGCAACGAAUGGGAGGGGAAGCACACCAUGGUUGUUGGUGGAUACCAGAGCGUCGCACGAGGAAUUGCCAUGCUCCCAGCACCACUCAACAUACAGCACAGAGCAGCUGUGAAGCGCAUCAAGUAUGCCCCUGAAGGUUCAACAGGUCCAGCAAGAAUCACCUUGGAAGAUGGGCACAUGAUUCAAGCUGACUAUAUCGUCAACACCAUUCCAUUGGGUGUAUUGAAGCAUGGAAACAUCGAGUUCCAGCCACCCCUGCCGUCAUGGAAGACAGAGGCUAUUCAGCGGCUUGGAUUCGGUGUUCUGAAUAAGGUCAUUCUUGUCUACAAGGAGGCCUUUUGGGACAAGGACAGGGACAUCUUUGGCAUGUUGCAGACUCCUACCAAUCGUCUUAGCUUGAACCAGAAGGACUAUGCCCCACGUCGCGGGCGCUUCUUCCAGUGGUUCAACGUCACCAAUACGACCGGCAUGCCCUGUUUACUAGCGCUGAUGGCAGGCGACGCUGGGUACGACACGGAGAUCACGCCGAACGAUGAGCUCAUCGCAGAAGCGACUGAGGUCCUCCGCAUGCGAUACGGCGCCCGCGUCACGCAGCCUCUUGAGGCUAUCGUGACAAGAUGGGAGUCAGAUCGCUUCGCACGAGGAAGCUACUCCAAUGCUGGAGUCAACAUGAAAGCCGAAGACUAUCAGCUCAUGGCAAGAACCAUCGGCAACCUUUACUUCGCUGGCGAGCACACCACCGUCACCCAUCCUGCCACCGUUCACGGUGCUUACCUCUCUGGCCUCCGUGCUGCCUCUGAAGUGCUCGAUGCGAUCCUCGGUCCCAUUGAAAUCCCCUCGCCUCUCAUCCUCCCCCGCGAAACAACAACCUCCCUCAAGCGCAAGGCCCAGAACAGAGACCCAGCCCGCGCACGUCUCGAAGCCUACGAGAUGGAGAUCACAGAACACAUCCAGUCGAAAAUCGGUUACUACCCGCUGAAACCAGCAAAGGUUGCAGGCAAUGCCUACCUCCUCUUUAACAAGGUCCAUUACGAGGACGGCCGCAAGAGAUGCGAGGAGGGCCGUAGAGCCGACAAGGGCAAGCCAAGUCCCAACGAGGUACGGACGAUGACGUCCAAGAUGUGGAAGGAAGCGGCGCCGGAGGUGAGAAAGCCGUUUGAGGACCAGGCGGACGAGCAGAAGAAGGCGUAUGCACAAGCAUUGAAGGACUGGACGGAGGCGACGGCGCGCUGGGAAAAGGAUGCCAUCGCGCUGAGGGAGAAAUAUGUUAGAGAACACCCUAGUGUCCCUGGACCGGAAGAGGUAGCGGGCAGUGUGAGCAUGAACGGGAAUAGGAGGGUGAAGCGGGUCGAGAGUUACCGGGAGGACGAUAGUGACGUCGAUCUGGAAUGA